CAAACUUCACCGAGUCAGCCCACUUCAGCAUCCAAAGCAAAUAUGCACUGCUACCUUAGGUCAAACUGAUAUAAGCAUCAAAAAGAAGUUUCCACGCUCACAUCUGUUGAAGUGUUACAGUUAAGCCUCAUGUCACCAUAUUCGAAUUGCGAUUCGUCUUCAUGGCUUAAAUCUCCUGCCAUGCGCUCCGAAGUCUCCUUCCAGACAGAUAGCAGCCCACCGUCUAUGCAAUCGAGCUUCAUUUCGACCACGACAAACGCCAAUUCGCUCUCAGUCCUUCGUGAUCUUGACAUCAACGCUCGUCAAGAGUUGCUUGAGUCUCCACUCGUACUUGUUCGAAUCGCUUAUACCGACAUCACAAUCCACAUACCGUCGUCCCUCAUUUCUUCUUAUUCGCCGUUUGUUCGCGCUCGGAUUGCCGAAGCCUACACUACAUAUAACAGCCAGCCAUCGUCGUUCGCCGACAUCUCUGCAGAGGAGGACAUACCUGCAGUCACGAUACCAUACAUUCAGGCGGCAGCUCUAGAGUACCUCGUCGAUUAUAUGGUGUCUAGUGCUUCUAUCAUCGAUGAUGAACCGAUGCAACCCCCUACUUCACCGCGCAACACAAUCAUUUGCUACCAUGCGAUCCGAGUGCUACAGAUGCCAUUCUGCGAGAAGAAAUUCCAAGCGACCAUCAUGGACUUUCUGUCCAAAGAGACAUUUUCCAAGGACGACAUCGAGGCGGUCUGGAUCUUCAUGAAUGGCAUCGAUCCAAAAGUACCAGGUGGCGACGAGAAGAUCGUGAGCCAUAUGGUACAGAAUGUAGCCUACCGAACAGAGGAAGGGAAGCUGAAGCUCGAUGGGGAUGUGUGGGAGUAUGUUAGGAGCAUGCCUGAGCUUGAGAGAAGGGUAAAAGAUGUAGGGGACCGAUUGAGGAAUGAUAGGGACGGCAGCAAAGGAAAGGGAUUAGGACUGGGGCUGGGUUGUGGCUCCCCAGAAACUUCUUUUGGCUUCUAGGAUACCAGUGCUUCUAAGACACCAGUGGAUCAAAUCAAAACAAGACACAAUACCGAUCCUUGGUAAAGCAUGUCAGAUCUACAGUUUGAAGCGAACGUUCUAAGGUGCAGCUGCGACUGCGAAGCCCAAGGGAUCACAAAAUGUUCUGAAAAGGAUUCAUGGACUAGGAAAAUAGGACGAAGGACUGCUGAAACUUGAUCAUGCUCGGAAU